UCGCCCACUUUUGUAACGGUAUUGCGUCCGUACGGGAGUGUCCAAGAAAUUCGGGCGCUCGGGUGAACGAGAAUGAUAAGCAAUUCGUUUCGCUAGUGGAUAAUGUAGGUCGGAUACAGUUUGUUUUGGUGUACACUUGGAUUAAAUUGUGAAUUGAUGCUUUGUGGCUGCUAUUUGGGCUAGUGAUCAGUGAUAUUUCGGAUUUUGGCCGACUAGCGAGGUACUUACAGUGACAGUACGUACUGUAAACAUUUGAUCUGUGACUGGCUGAGUGGUUUCUAUUUGUUUUGUCGCGAUGGCCGAGGCUGCAGCAGCUGCCAGCACGAACCCAAAUGCUGAAAUCGUCAGGGGUCAGGUGUUUGAAGUCGGCCCCAGGUACAAAAACCUGCAGUAUAUAGGCGAAGGGGCUUAUGGCAUGGUUGUGUCCGCAGUCGACAGUAUUAAGUUAGCAAAAGUCGCCAUUAAGAAAAUAUCCCCGUUCGAGCACCAGACCUACUGCCAGAGGACGUUAAGAGAAAUCAAAAUUCUCACCCGAUUUAAACAUGAAAAUAUUAUCGAUAUUAGAGAUAUAUUAAGAGCAGAGACCAUCGACCAGAUGAAGGACGUCUACAUCGUACAGUGUCUAAUGGAGACAGAUCUUUACAAAUUACUAAAAACACAGAAAUUAAGCAACGACCACAUCUGUUACUUCCUAUACCAAAUCCUGCGGGGUCUCAAAUACAUCCACUCGGCGAACGUGUUGCAUCGGGACCUCAAGCCUUCUAACUUAUUGCUGAACACUACCUGUGAUUUAAAGAUUUGCGACUUCGGGCUGGCGCGAGUGGCCGAUCCCGACCAUGACCAUACGGGCUUCCUUACGGAGUACGUCGCCACGCGCUGGUACCGUGCGCCAGAAAUUAUGCUCAACUCGAAGGGCUACACGAAGUCAAUAGACAUCUGGUCAGUGGGAUGCAUCCUGGCUGAGAUGCUGUCGAACCGGCCAAUCUUCCCGGGGAAGCACUACCUCGACCAACUGAACCACAUUCUUGGCGUGCUGGGCUCACCAAGCAAAGAUGAUUUGGAAUGUAUCAUCAAUGAAAAGGCUCGGAGCUACCUGGAGUCGCUGCCGUACAAGCCGCGGGUGCCCUGGACGGAUCUGUUCCCGGGGGCGGACCCCCGUGCUCUGGACCUUCUGCACCGCAUGCUGACCUUCAACCCGCACAAGCGCAUCACCGUCGAGGAGGCCCUGGCGCACCCCUACCUCGAGCAGUACUACGAUCCCAAUGAUGAGCCCGUCGCCGAGGAACCGUUCCGAUUCUCAAUGGAACUGGACAAUCUGCCGAAGGAGUCACUCAAGAAGAUGAUAUUUGACGAGACUCUACUGUUCAAACAGCUGAACGAAGACGCGUAGAUCUUCCGAGAAGUUUCCAGAGAAUACGGAGGCGAAACGUGCAAACUCAACUCAAAGUAACAAAUAAAAAUAGUAUUACAUUAUAGAUAGUAUUUGAAUCCUCUGCGUAAUGGGAAAACUUAUACUAUUUGAAUCCUCAGUGCAAUGGAAAAAGAUAGACGGCAUAUCGAUCGGAAGAUGAAGCCCUGCAGUGACGAGUUUCAGUAUUUUAAACAGAUCACGCCCAUCAGUGAUGUUUAUGUUCACAUAAUGUGUCAUUGGUUUAGCUUGCUUCAUAUAUUUUAAUCUAUUAGCAAUCGAGUAUAUAAUAUGUCGAUUAAUGUCGUAAUAUUUUACUAAUUAAGUUUGCACAGCUUUUAUUUUAUUAUUGUGCUAGAGUUGAUUGCGAUCUGACAAAAAUAGUCAAGCUCAGAUCUGACCAGACGUCGUAGUUUCUGCCCGUGAGAUUUGGAGUAAAUAAGAACAAUAUCGACAAAUCGAUUGCCGUUUUUUUUUAAAUAUAUUUUCUCAUAUUAAUUUUAAAAUACUCCCUAAAAUAUGGCCAUAACUGUGAUUACGGAUUAAAGCGUAUUUUUUAAUUUCGUUUACUACAAACUACUUGUACUACAAACUUUGCACCUGCAAUUGGCUUCACUUUACUGUGGUUAGUGAAUGUGAAUGUUCCGUCUAUCUUUUUCUUUCACUGUUUUUUUAAAGUCUAUUUCUGAAAAUGUUGCAAAGGUUUUCAGUAUUUCCUUAUAAGUGACUAAAUGUAUUGCGGUUAUUUCUUUAUCAGAUAUCUUAUCAGUGAGCGAUUAACAGAAACUCAAUAGCCGGAACGUUACAGUCUGUUUAGUGUUUGCGUUAAGCAAAUAGUGAGUCGUCAAUAUUAUUUUACAAGUAUCCAGGGGUUUAGUCACAGAUAUUGUGUUCAAAACGAUGCAAAAUAUUACUCAAUUAAGGAUAAUUGUGUUAUGUUAUUAAUUGUCAAAAACUCUUUCACAAAGGCGUGGUUUAUAAUUUACGAGCGUUAAAAUAUAUCGAUAAACUCACCUAUUGGGUUAUUUUGUGUGCCUUUCGGUAGAUAAAGCCGAUCGAGCCUUUUGACAUUAGUACGUUUUACUUAUUGCAACUUUUCAUUAAGCGAUAGUAAAAGUAUUUCGUAUCAUACCUUCUAUGUAAGACCACUAAAUGACAAACGAUUUCGGUGAUUUUAGUAUUCUGAAAGCGACCAUAUUAACUAACAUAGAUGCUGUUUAUGUCACUUGAGAAUUUAUGAAUCAGGACAUACUUGAAACACUUGGGAGAUAUACGACUAGAUUGUAGAGAAAAAAAUAAUAAUAGUUCUAGAAAAUUUCAUUUUAUUCUACUUUUUAUUAGGUAUAUGUUUGAAUCAACAACAAACUGAUAUUUUUGUCUGAUACAUUGAUGACUUACUGUUAAGUUUAACUACAACAAUACUUUAAAACAUUAAUGUUAUGUAUCAGUGAUACAUAGAGUUUGCAUAGUUUUCAACUUUUCUUAUGUGAAUUUUUAUGAUGUGAUUUAACCCCACCAAUGGUUGACCAACGCGAAUGGUGAACCUGGUAUUGUAUUUCUUUAUAUGAGUAUUGUGGAAUGCGUUUAGGGCCCACGCAGACUGCAGAAUUUUGAUCCGCUAGUAUAAUAUUGUAAUCAACUGUUCUGAACAAAUGAACUGAACCUACCUAGUUAUAUACUUACGUAUAUGAGUCCUCGACAACUUUGAUCAUUAUUAUCUAUAUAAAACUUGUACUUUGAAACAUCUUUGACGCUACAUCUCAAGUGAUGUCUCAUACUGAUAAUUAAACUAUCGGAAUUGGUCAAAAAUUUGUAAUCUGCGAGUGUUCUAAUAGGCGAUAUUUCGGUAUUAUAAGUAAUUUUUAUUUUUAUUAUUAAUAUAGUUUACAGUUGAAAGGCUUUUUUGUGUGUCUAUAAGUCGUCUAACUUAUAUCCACAUUGGCGUGCAAAUUUGCUUCUUGUGUCCAAACAAAAGAUUAACUAAGACAAUAUUGAGUUUUUUGUCUAGUCUCGCGGUGGACGCAUUUUUGGACACUUUAAUUCGGUCUUCGCUGCAAUAUCAUAAUAAUGUUAUGUAUAUAAUAUCAUAAUGUAUUUACAUUUUACUAUCAUCUCAUCGUUCUAUGCAAUUUACAACGACUUCUUUUAGAUAUUAGGUUAUUAUAAAUUCAAUUUUAUUUUCUCUUAUAGUAAUGAAAAUAUUCAAUGAGUGAUUGAUAAAUGAUGUCGAUACUUUAAUCGUACAUAAAUAAUGUAUCGAUACCACAAGGCUUUGAAUACUUUUUAGAACUGAAAUACUCAUUAACCUGUAAAAAGACACUGCUUUUUCAAAAUUUCAUAAAUUUAAUCGUUCUUUGUAUAAGCUAUUUGUUAUUUAGAAUUUGUGAAAAUUGAUUCACUUUUAAAAUUUUCAAGAGUCUUCUGUUCUUAUCUCUUUAAAAAGUUACAAGUUCGAAAUGUGUCGAGUGUAGUAAUUGAUACAAUCGUAGGGAAAGUAACGAUGCAUAAUACGCAUCCCUAUUUGUAUUAUUGGAGAAGAAAAGAAAUGUAAGUGUUAUUUAUCAAAAAUAUUAAAUUUAAUGUGCUAUGUAUAAAUAGAAAAACGUUCGACUGGAUGAGUAGAAUUUUCAAACGGUAGGUAUAGUAUAAUAUCGAAAUCAUAGAACAUUUUAGAUAGAUAGGAGUUUCUGAAAUUUAUCAAUGUUAACAUAAAGUUGUCGUAUAUACGUUAAGAAGAAAACGUCGACCAACAGACUCCGCUAAUAAGCUUAAGCAUUUUUUCCUGUACAACUAAAUAUCGCCUUAAUCAAAAUAAUAUAAAAACUUCAACGGAAGGUUGCUUCACUGAAGUUUUUACAUAAUAUGUACAAUGCUAUUAAAAAUGCAAUAUAAGUUGUGUUGUAAAACUAAAGGCAGUUUUUAGAUCUCAAAAAAUCUGUCUUCAAAAAAUGGAAAAAUGCGGGCGGAGUUUAAAUCAUCUACGUUGACCAUUAGGUCGGCUCACAUUACUCACGCGUGGUGAUGUUUUGUUUUUUAAAUAAAUACAGACCUUAUUCUGUAUGAAAUAAGAUUGAAUAUCAAGGAUAUUGAAAAUAUAGUCUUUCUCGGAUUGGUUGGACGAAGCGCACCGUAUCGUCCUGUGAAGUAGACUUCAAUGCUAUAGUCUGUCAAGUUCGUUGAUGACACUCCCAUGAUAAACGGGCGACGGGGGGGAAAGACUGCGCGGGUGUGAAAUUGUGCGUGCGGGGAAGUGAGGUGCAUCAGUCGUGGGUUUUCCAUUCAUCGCUACACGCCCCACGGCUCGCGCGGACCAUCGGGAGAAGUUGCCAAGCUAUAGAACGUGUUUGCUAUAAACAGCUAACCGGUAUUUACCCGCAAUGUUUGUCAUUCUGUAGAUUUCAUUUUUCUCAUAUGGCUUUUCCGUUCAGAUUUUGACCUUUUUGGUACGAAGGGCAUUUUUCGAUUUUAGAGCAAAAAGAUCUUUUUAUUAUAGGCAAUCUUUUCUCUACCGGCGUUACAAUUAUUGUUAAUUCAAGAUGAGCAGGUCUUCUAUAAAACCUCUUUGGCAUGUUUUACAUCGUGAUAUAAACGCAGAUGUGUUUUUAGUGCUGAGGCGCUGUUGCCGUAUGAACUAUACAUGUAUUUGACCACUUACUUACUUUUUAAGACUAAUUGUUCUGGGUAGAGUGUAUUUUACCAAGGAAGAUAUCGUAUGUAUAAUGAACGAUACGUGUUGUCGACAGUUACGUUAUAUCGUGAGCGAUUAAGCGCGACUAACGCGUUUUACAUCGACACAAAUGUUGUAUGUCUUUGUCUGUCUCUGAAGUUAUUGUCACUGACUUGAUCAAAUUGUUAUUCUAUAUUAUAGUAUUAUGUAAUUGAUAAACUAUAAAUAAUUGUGAUAGUUUAGAUUUGUGUUUAUUCAGUUCCUCCGAAUCAUUACGGGAGAUUUAAUUUCAGAUAAGCGUUACUUUCGAUUAGUUUACAAUGUCAGGGAAUCCCAUCAGGUGAACAAUCGCUUAAUUGGAAAUGUAUAUACCUACGUUAACUGAUACUGAAGUCAUAUUCGACAAAUCAUCGCUUACAGUAUGGCCAGGGAAAAGACCUCUCCCCAUGUGGAGGGAAAAAUGGGAAUUAAUUUCUUUUACGAAACGUAACUGCAUUAUGACCAGUGAAAUGUACUUGUGACAGCCCCAAUCUAAUUUUUUUGGUCAAGUUAAUUAUAUUAUGUAGUUUAUUAAUUUUUAACUAUUUAAUAGGAUUUAAUACUUUUGACGCUGAAGAAAUAUUAUGAAUUCGGUUUGUAAAGUUGAAGAUUUGGAAAUAAAUAUCAAGUAUUACAUGCCAAGAAUAUACUGUCAGUUUGUCUUCUAGACUGGCUUCUUUGCUAUUACUCAUUUUCACGCGCUAAGUUAGGUCGUCCAUGUAAGAUAUUACACACACUCCGAUUCGACAUCGGGUCGGAAUGUGUGGAAAUGCUUAAAGGCGAAACAUUAGCCUAGCAUUGUACAAGAACAUACUCGUAUAAGGACCACGCGAACUGCUCGUGUAUUUGCUAACGAGAUCGUACUUAUGACGAGCAUUGAGCUCGGGUUUAAUAAAUUUGUGGAAGAUGUAAAUAUUUUUACAUUUCGAAUUAACGUAUUUUGGAGUGACACUCGAUAUAAAAUUUGGAGCACUUACGAUACCUUCAUUAAUUCUUGUGUGUAUCUAUAUCGGUGGUGAUCGUUAAAAGUGUUUUCUCUUUUGUAUUUUCACGGUUUUUUCGAUGUAUUAAUUAAUAUCUCUUGUCUUCCUUGUAUAUGCAUGUUCGCGCACAAUUUUUGUGGCGUCUAAAGACGUGGCAACGUGUCGGUCGCAUACUCACAUAAAUGACAUUGUUUAAAUAUUCGACAACAAAAUUACCAACGAUUUCAUUGAUUGUGAACGCUGUUUCAAAGUUGGUAUGUAUGUAAAUUAUAAUAAUUUGUGAUUUACUACGUUGUAUUAUAGUGAUAUCGAGUCCAUUUGAUCUAAAUAAUAGUAAGUUACAAGAUCUGUUAAACCGGUUGCAUAAUUUGGCCCGACCGAUAUAUGUCCAAUCGAGUUGGCUACCGACUUGUUGGCACGUCUGUACAAGAUGUUUUUAGUGAAGUAAUUCUUCAUAUCAAAUAUUUUAAAAUAGUUGUUGCUAGAUUGACAUUGAAAUUGUGUUUUAAUAUCGUACGUACUGUUUGUCUAGUUACUAGUAUAUAAAGGGGGAGAUUCCGCAAUUAGUUUUAAGGCAAGACUAAUGCGGAAUGUUUAUGUAUGCGGCUUUGUAAUAAUAAUCGACCAAAGAAGACUAAUAUUUAGCAAACAAAAGUUUAUCUAUCAAAAAUGUCAUCACCCAUCUCUUUCGAGUGUUCUAAUGUAAUAAGUAUCUACUUAAAAACUGAUGAGGAUUUUUGUUUAAACUCAUUAAUCUCUGAAACUACCAGUGUCAUAAAAAAAUCUAUAUUCAUUUAUUUCAAGUAGGAUUUUAUUUAAAAAUAAUAUUUGACAAUUGAAGAAUCUAUACUUAAUAUAAUAAAGCUGAAGAGUUUGUUUGUUUGUUUGUUUGUUUGAUUGAACGCGCUAAUCUCAGGAACUACUGGUCCGAUUUGAAAAAUUCUUUCAGUGUUAGGUAGCCCAUUUAUCGAGGAAGGCUAUAGGCUAUAUUUUAUCCCCGUAUUCCUACGGGAACGGGAACUACGCGGGUGAAACCGCGCGGCGACAGCUAGUCAUCAAUAAAGGUAGUUUAGGUGAAACAAUUAAUUAUAUUUAUUUUUACGGUGAAUGAAACCGCUGGUCAUUCUAUAAUCAUCGUUCAUACAUAAGUUAACUAAAACAACUUCAUGCCAGUAAUUAAUUGGUCGAUAAUCGAUUAUUAAAUAAAUAGUUUGGGAUAUCAUAUUCGCAUGGUUGGCCACAAUAAUAUUGACGUCAGUGGCGCUAUCAAUAUAGCUAAUUGCAUGAGAAAACAACGCUGUAGCAUCUGAUGCCACAUCGUUGUUUUCUCAUGCAACUACUAUUAACAUCGAUACGAAAAUGUACGAUGUUGACACCGAUGUAUGUAAAUAUUAUUUACACAUAAAAACAAUAAUGUGCGUUUAUGAUAAACAAUCAUGUUUGUUUUUGUUAAACUCAGCGUGCGUCAGUACAAUGAACUUACCAUAGACCAUAGAAACACUAAAGCUAACACUUGAACGUACUAUAGACAAACAAAAUGGGUAUGCUUUCAUGGUCAAACACCUGUACCGGGGCGAGGGACUUAAAAAAGAAGAGAGACUACGAGAAAACUAGGGACAAAUGUUAAUGUGUUGCAUGUCUCUCAAACAUUCUCUCUAAAUUUUCCGGCAUAGAGUAAAGGAAUAGAGCAUCUACCCCUACCUAGAAAGUACCCAAGGGAUAUAAUAUAUCUGAAACGCCCGUCAUGCCUGAUUGACUCCAUUACCGCGAGCGAAUCUACGGGAGAAAGUACCUAAUGUUUUUUGUGAAAACCAAAGAGAAGUCGUAAAUUGACUUGAUUUGUAACGAUUUUUGGUUUUUUUACAGUGGAGUAAACCGCAUGAGUCUGUCCUCGCCUGCCCAUUGAAGGACUACACGGUAUCAUGACGAAGUGCAAACGGUUUACCUAUAUUCAGUGGCAUGCAUUUCACAGAUGCAAUAAUGCACUUCAGGAAUCAUUGUGGGCUUGUAUUGGACAAGCUGUUCUCCAUUUUAUACAAUUUAAACGUACAGCGCCAACUCUGGUUAAAAAUCUUCUGCGCGCCACUGCCGAUAUUUGAUUCAUCUGCUUAAAAAUCGCUGAAAUCUAAGUGAUAUCAUCAUAAUUAUCAACCCAUAUUCGUCUCACUGCUGAGCUCGAGUGUCCUCUCAGAAUGUGAGGGGUUAGGCCAAUAGUCCACCAUGCUGGCCCAGUGCGUAUUUGCAGACUUUACACACGCAGAGAAUUAAGAAAAUUCUCAGGGAUGCCGGUGUUUUUCUUUCAUCGUUUGAGACGCGUGAUAUUUAGUUUCUUAAAAUGCACACAAUUGAAAAGUUGAACAUGCAUACAUCAGACCGGAUUCAAACCAAGACCUUCCGGAAUCAGAGCCAGAGGUUAUAUCCAUUGGGAUAUCAUGGCGCUUCUAUACAUCUAAGUGAUAUAGCUGUCAGUAAUGUCCGGUCAUCUAUCAAUGACGGAGAUGUAAGAUGAAUUUUCACAUGCCGAAAUCUGGAGAGCAUUAUCGAUAUCGCUAGGAGCUUUACACACCAAAGGCCUUGACCGUUUUCAAAUAUACUAUCAAAGUUAUGGAACCUGAGCAUUGCAUCCCACGCAUGUCAAGCGAAAACAAAUUUUUAUUCUUAGUAACUUACUUUGUACCUAUAUCUGCUAACAACAGGGGUUAGAUGGCGUAUUGCCAAAUGUUUCCCAACUUUGUUCGUUCUCAAAAAUAAUACGUAUAAUAAAUUUAUUUACGUUCUAUAGCCUUCGGAUAGUUUAAACAACUCGUCGCAGACUUGAUGUUUGUUGAAAGCCGACGAACGCGGCUCGCGUAAUUGGUUUCUAAAUCAAAUAGUUUCAACGUAGCUAAAUAUUUCUAGCGGCGGAAAACAAACAAUAAAUAAUAUAUCAUCAAACUCCAAAUAUGUAUAUAGUUUUUCGGAGAUAUUCAACAUUCUCUAUUUAUUUACAUGUAUACGAAAUAUUUUAUUGGUAAAAACUAAUAUAAUUUUUCGUAUUUGAGAAGCAAAUAGUAGCCAGCUUGUCUACGUAAGAUAUUUACUUGUCUACGUUUACAUUUUGUAGUCAAUACCGUCUUUGUGUAACUCAUUAAUAGUUGAAUCAAAAUAUAGGUAGCAGCUAGCAGCCUAUAUAUUGGACUCGUUUUCGGUUGAUAGCAACGUACGAAUGAGUAACCAUAGCAACACAAUAACUUUAUUAUAAUCGAUUAUGAAAUUUUCAAUUAUAUGACAUCUCUAAUGUAUCCACGGAGUUAACACUUAUGUUUAUAAUUGUACCUGUGCAGAUAACUUCUGAUGAUGUCUGCAAGUUACUUGCCGGGGUCUAUAAUAGUUUUCGUUCUUAGGAUGUACAGAUAAAACCUUUUGGCUUUGCCAUAGUCGAAUAAAAAACAACUGAAGCUGAACGAAAAUGGCGGACGGCUUGUGCAAUGGCCCAUUUAAAGUUCGAUUUUUAAAACUAAAAUAGAUUGGCGAUGGUAGCCUUUGCAUAUCUAGUUUCUUUUGUUUUAAUAUGUCUGAAACAUGUUAAAGGAAUUUUUUUUAGUUUCUUGAAUUUCUUAAAGCCAUGCACGGAUGGUAUAGGUAUCUUGUACUUUAUUUUCGUUUCAUUAGAAAACUCGAUAAAAGUAGGCCGGGUAAACAAUUUGGGAUCUAAAGAAAAACUCUCACGGUCCGGCGGCUUAACUAUAAGGAAGGCGUCUACCGAUCUUGAUUGAUGUAAGGAGUACCUACGUCACGUCAGCUUUCAAACGAAAAAACCACAUCAUAAUCAGUCCGUUAUGCUAGCCACCCAUGGUCCGAUAUACCCACAUGCCUGCAGCGCUGCUGGUGCGGUAAAACUCAUCGUGUGUUAGUCGCACUGUGCAUGACGGCUUGACGGACCGUGGGCUAGCAUUAUCAGAUAAGAAGCUACUAAUUGCACACCUAUUUUGUACGUCAGGGAUCAAAAACUCACUAUACCAAUAUCCGGUAAUGCGGUUUCAUCAUAGAUUUACGCGCAACUUCCAAUUUUCAUCAAAUUGUGCAUGACCGAUCAUUCUCGACCAUUUUAUCAUAAUAAUAUGUAUUUUAUUAAUGAACUUUUGACUUAACGCUUUGUGAUAACGUAUUCUGUUACAUGUCGUCUACAGACUGCAGUUUUGCCUGUUUGUACAGUUUUGAAACUCGUUUAAGCAUUUCAGUCACUUGACGAAAUAUUUUAUCUGUAUUUUUAGGGAUACACCCUAUUAUUAUUAUUAAAAAAGACAAUUUAAAAUUAUUGUGGCAUAAUAGUAGUUGUAUUGCAUCUUAUAUAUUGUGACGUCAUCUUUUUGUGCAUUGACUCGUGUUUAUUGUUAAGAAACCAUUUCUAUUUAAUAAUAUUAAAAAAAAAAACACUGUUAUGGAUUCUUAGGUAAAUGUUAUAAGAUUCUACUCGUAAUUUCUUUGUCGAGAUACUUACUGUAACAUUUCAAUAACGCAUUGGAGUAACACCAGAACGUCAAAACGUAUUUAUUGUUAAAAUAUGAGUGUUGCCAUAUUUUCUUAAGUCAUUAUGUACAAAUUGGAUAUUGUAAGAUCAUUUGUUAUCUGUCAACAGUUGAAUAUUACGAAAAUAAAUUUAAAAUCAAACAUAA